CCGGCGGCCGCCCUUGACAGCGUCGCUAGCAAAAAAACAGCCAGCCCCGGCGACAGCCUGCAAUGUCAUGGUCAAUCGGUAGCAUCGUCCACUACGUCCUAUACCUGGACUGUGUGUUUUAUCUUGUUCUGAUUUGGUAUCUCUUUGGAGACGAGAAAACCAAAUUGGAGCGGCAGCAGCCCGAGAUCGACCGGCUGCGCAUCGAGCGCGCGCACUACGACGCCCUGCUGAGGCGGCACGGCGACGGGCCCGACGAGGCGUUCCGCAAGACGCUCGAGGCGACCCUGCACGCCGCCGGGAGGAGGUACGUCGAGGGCCGGUACCGCGGCGUCCGGGUGUGGCGCUGGUCGCGCUCCGUGGCCGUGGCGCGCAACUACCUCGCCGUGCUGCGCUACUCCAUCGACGACCUCAAGGAGCGCCUGCUGAGGUACUACCCGGCUGGCCCGCCGCCGCCGAGGUACCACGCGGGCUGCACGGGGGACGACUGAUGCGUCAGGGGCAUGUUCCCGAUAUCACAAAACGAGGAAUAGAUGCAUAACACUAGAAAGCCCAUCGACAGCAUAGUUUGAGAUACGGCGUUUACUUGGAGCGCAAACUUUCCAUUGCCUCGCUCAUCAUACUAGAAUACCAGAACGAGGGUAAC